AAAAAAUAAUAUUUUUAAUUCAUAUAUAUUUCCUCUUCCUUCUAUUAUAUAUUAAUCUCUUAAUAUGACACCUAAUAAUCUUGAUACUAUUGUUAAUCGUCUUGAGCACAAUUCCGAACAAUGUAAUAAUGGUAACAAUCAUACUGAUGGAAUUUGGGUUUUUGGCUAUGGUUCUUUAAUUUGGAAACCACCCAUUCAUUAUGAGCAAAAACAAAUAGGCUAUAUUAAAAAUUAUGUUCGACGGUUUUGGCAACAUAGUGAGGAUCAUAGAGGUACUCCUGAAAAACCAGGUCGAGUGGUGACAUUAAUCCCAUAUGAUGAAUGGAAAAAUAUUGAAAACGUGGAGGGACAUGAUAAAGUAACAUGGGGAGUUGCAUUCAAAAUUCCUGCCGACGAUGUAGAAGUUACAAGGGCCUAUUUAGAUCAUAGGGAAAAGAAUGGCUAUACAGUACAUACAGUCGAUGUCUAUAGUUUGGAAGAUGACACAACACCAGCAGUUAAAAAUGCCUUAGUAUAUAUUGGCACAACAGAUAAUCAAGCGUAUGUUGGACCAGCACCAUCUUCAGCGAUAGCAAAGCAAAUAUUUGAAUCAUAUGGGCCAUCAGGAUGGAAUGCGGAAUAUUUGUUGAAUUUAGCUGAAGCACUUCGUGAAAUUAGUCCAGGUGUCCGUGAUGAUCAUGUUUUUGAGUUGGAAAGAUUAGUGAAAAUAUUAAUUGAUGAAGACUCUAAAAAAGAUAUCGCAUCAUAAUAGUCAAUUACUACAAUUGCUUACAUAAUAUUAUAGAACAAACCCUACAUAAUAGAGAACUUGUAUGUACUAAGCAAACUUGUUGCAUCAUUACUAAAUAAAGCCAAAUGCAUAUUUGUUGUUGAUGAAUAGAUAGUAUAUAACAGUUUCUUUAACUGAAAUGUUAUUGCGAU